AUGGUAUCUGACAACACAAGCAAGAGCAAAAUCCUCUAUGAGUUGUUCUUUCCUCCACCACCUCAUCACAAGGAACUAGCCCCACUGCACCUCUUAAGCCCACCAGAAGCAUUCCCAUUUCGUCACAUCACUGACCACCAGAUUACUCAGGUGAUCAAACAAAUGAAAGACUUUUGGGCACCAGGCCCAGACAAUAUCCCAAAUGAAGUAUACAAACAAUGUGUGGACAUGCUAAUCCUGCACAUAGGUUGGCUCUACAGUGCAACAUUUGACCUCAAAUACUAUCCUAAUGAAUGGAAGAACUCCAAAACAAUAGUUCUAAGGAAACCAGGACGAGCUGAUUAUUCUACAGCCAAAUCGUACAGGCCUAUUGCUCUGCUCAACAGCAUUGCGAAGGGCCUCUCUGCAUGUGUGGCAGAAUCAGCUGAACACAAUAUUGAGCAACUCAAUCUGAUGCCACCAAAUCAUCUUGGAGGAUGGGCAGGAAGAACAGCAUCAAACUCCCUGCACUUAAUUGUGAAAACUGUGAAAGACGCAUGGUGA